AUGGCCGGCGGAGGUUUCGCAACCAGCGGCGGCACUGGCGGCGAAUUCGAGGCCAAAAUUACUCCCAUCGUCAUUAUUUCCUGUAUCAUGGCUGCCACCGGUGGUCUUAUGUUCGGUUACGACGUCGGCGUUUCAGGUGGUGUGACGUCAAUGGCACCAUUCUUGAAGAAGUUUUUUCCGACGGUGUACAAAAAGACGGUGGAAGAGAAAGAUUUGGGGAGUAAUUACUGCAAAUACGACAACCAAGGAUUGCAGCUUUUCACGUCGUCUCUGUAUCUGGCUGGUUUGACUGCAACGUUCUUCGCUUCCUACACGACUCGUAGGUUGGGAAGAAGGCAAACUAUGCUCAUUGCUGGAUUCUUCUUCAUAUGUGGAGUUGUCCUUAACACUGCUGCACAAGACCUUGCCAUGCUCAUUGUUGGCAGAAUCUUACUUGGUUGUGGAGUUGGCUUUGCUAAUCAGGCCGUGCCAGUGUUUCUGUCGGAGAUCGCACCUUCAAGAAUACGAGGGGCAUUGAAUAUACUGUUCCAGCUCAAUGUCACCAUUGGCAUUCUUUUUGCUAACCUUGUCAACUAUGGCACCAACAAAAUCAAGGGUGGGUGGGGUUGGAGGCUAUCUCUGGGGUUGGCCGGUAUCCCAGCACUUCUGCUGACCGUGGGAGCAUUGUUGGUGGUGGACACCCCCAACAGUCUCAUCGAACGUGGCCGCUUGGAUGAAGGAAAAGCUGUGCUCAAAAAGAUUCGUGGCACUGACAACAUCGAACCUGAGUUUUUGGAGCUGGUUGAGGCAAGUCGUGUCGCUAAAGAGGUCAAACACCCUUUCAGGAAUCUUCUCAAACGCAGGAACAGACCCCAAAUUGUCAUUUCCAUUGCCCUCCAGAUAUUCCAACAAUUCACAGGCAUCAACGCAAUCAUGUUCUAUGCCCCGGUGCUGUUCAACACUGUGGGAUUCGGGAGCGAUGCAUCCCUCUAUUCUGCUGUGAUUACUGGGGCUGUUAACGUGCUCUCCACCAUUGUCUCCAUCUACUCGGUGGACAAACUGGGACGUCGCAUACUCUUGCUGGAAGCUGGUGUUCAGAUGUUCCUGUCUCAAGUGGUGAUUGCCAUCAUAUUGGGAAUCAAGGUGAAGGACGAUUCCAAUGACCUUUCCAGAGGUUUUGCAGUGCUGGUGGUUGUCCUGGUGUGCACUUUCGUGUCUUCUUUUGCAUGGUCUUGGGGUCCUCUUGGGUGGCUUAUCCCCAGUGAGACUUUCCCAUUGGAGACUCGUUCGGCUGGACAGAGUGUCACCGUUUGCGUGAACUUGCUUUUCACCUUUGUCAUUGCGCAAGCCUUCCUCUCUAUGCUGUGCCACUUCAAGUUUGGCAUCUUCUUGUUCUUCUCUGGCUGGGUCUUCAUCAUGUCUGUCUUCGUGCUUUUCUUGUUACCCGAGACGAAGAAUAUCCCUAUUGAAGAGAUGACGGAGAGAGUGUGGAAGCAGCACUGGUUCUGGAAGAGGUUUAUCGAUGAUGAUUACACUGCCGAAGAGAAAGUGGCCAAUUUCUCUAAUGGAUAUGAUCCAGCCUCCAGGUUGUAG